CGUGAGGCGGUCUCCUCACGGAGCCCGUCGCCGCGGCCAUUGGCAGGGCGCGGGUGGCGCUGCCAUGGCGCUCUCCGCGGCGCCCCUCAGGGUCUGCAUCGUGGGCUCGGGGAACUGGGGUUCUGCGGUUGCCAAAAUAAUAGGCAAUAAUGUAAAAAAAUUGCAGAAGUUUGCUUCCACAGUGAAGAUGUGGGUCUUCGAGGAGAAUAUUAAUGGAAGAAAACUGACAGAUAUAAUAAAUAAUGAACAUGAAAAUGUAAAAUAUCUCCCCGGAUACAAGCUGCCAGAUAAUGUGGUUGCUGUCCCAAACCUUAAUGAAGCUGUACAGGAUGCAGAUUUGCUGGUUUUUGUCAUUCCUCAUCAGUUCAUUCAUAAAGUCUGCGAUGAAAUCACAGGACGAGUACCCAAGAAAGCGCUUGGUAUAACUCUCAUAAAGGGAAUAGAUGAAGGCCCGGAGGGACUCAAACUGAUCUCUGACAUUAUUCGAGAGAAGAUGGGAAUAGACAUCAGUGUGCUGAUGGGAGCUAACAUUGCCAAUGAGGUGGCAGCAGAGAAAUUCUGUGAAACCACAAUAGGCAGCAAAAUCUUGGAAAAUGGCCUUCUUUUCAAAGAACUCCUGCAAACUCCAAACUUCCGAAUAACUGUAGUAGACGAUGCAGAUACGGUUGAGCUUUGUGGUGCUCUGAAGAAUAUAGUAGCAGUAGGAGCUGGGUUCUGUGAUGGCCUUUGCUGCGGUGACAAUACCAAAGCUGCUGUUAUUCGCCUUGGCCUAAUGGAGAUGAUUGCAUUUGCCAGAAUUUUUUGCAAAGGACAGGUGUCUACUGCCACUUUCCUGGAGAGCUGUGGAGUUGCUGAUCUCAUCACAACAUGUUACGGUGGCCGGAAUCGACGUGUAGCAGAAGCGUUCGUUAAAACUGGAAAGUCUAUUGAAGAAUUGGAGCAAGAGAUGUUGAAUGGCCAGAAGCUGCAAGGGCCACAGACUUCUGCAGAAGUGUAUCGCAUCCUCAAGCAGAAAGGAAUGCUGGAAAAGUUUCCACUAUUCACUGCUGUGUAUCAAAUCUGCUAUGAAGGGAAGCCUGUCAGAGAGAUGAUAUCCUGCCUUCAAAGUCAUCCAGAGCACAUAUAAAAUCAAUCAGGCCAUCGUACUAAUGCAGCUUUCUGCCUUUCAAAUUUAUAUCUGAGUUCAAGUGGAUGUAUCAUUAAGCUUCGUUCAAAGCUGCUCACUAGGCAACAGUAACAAGAUGAAUGUCUCUGAAUGGGUAUUGGUUUUUGUUAUACAGCCUAGUUUGACAUAGCAUGUAGUGUUGGCUUGGUGAUUGUUGUUUUACUGGCUAAAAUACAGCUGGUUUAAGACACGCAAUGCAAAAGUUGUCCUACAUACCUAGUGUAUAUACACAAGUGUACUUUGUGUGUGUUCCUACACCAUUAAACACAAUGUGUUGUUGUCUCUUAUUAAGGCCUAGUCCAAAAUCCACCAGACACUGUGGGAAGAAUCCCACUGGUUUUGAUGGAGACUGAAUCAAGCCUGUAACCUUGAAAUAUUAGGAGUCUUUCUAUUAGAACUUGGUUUUAUUCCGUAUACACAAUGAAAUUUUAACAUUUUGCAUGCUUAACAUUAUAUUAAUUUAAGCAAUAUUAAUGCAAAACGAGUGGUAGCAGUUAUUCAGGGGGCUACAGGGAUAUUUUAAUGAACUCUGGUGAAAAAUAUUUUGAUUUUUGAAAGUCUUUAAAACUGUCAGACUAUUUUGAAACAAAUUUCUAAGUGAAUUUAAAGUUUUUAAU